UUUUAUUUUUUUAAAAAUAAAAGAAUAAAUAAAAGCGUUGAAGAGAGAAGAACAUUGGAAAAUUUUUCUAAAAUUCAAUAAAACUUGAAUACUGUAAAGUAAAAGUGAAACAUGAGAUCACACGCAGAAAAUAAAAGUGUUAAAGUAAAAAGAAAUAUUUAUUUUACUUCCCCAAUUUCAAACAAAAUUUCUUUAAAAAGAUGAAAUUCGUGUAAAAGUAAGUGACAAGAAAUAUAAAAUGGACCAGAAGGAGUUAAAAAUACCAUACAUCAAGUAAAUCGAUAAAUCUAUGAAAGACUGAUUUUGUUUAAAUUCCCAGAAUUUGUGUUGAGCACAUAUUUCGAAAACAAAAUAUACACGGAAAAUUACAAAAGUGAAUGAAAAACAAACACAACGAUUGAAUUAUACAAAAAAUACCAUAGAAACAUUUAUCGCCAACGUAUGAAUCCCUACAAUUCUGCUUGCUACAAUACGAUGGCACAGAAAAUGUUAAUGCUCAUGGCAAUUUUAAUUGCAAACGCCUGCAUAGCGGGCACCAUACCCGCCACACCCGAAAACAUCACCGUCACCUUCCUAACGCCAACAACGGUGCGCGUUUCCUGGCAAACGAUGAUCGAUUUGAAUGCGCAUCCAAUUGAAAAAUAUAUUGUGACAUAUAAGCCGACAGAUGACAGGGUUGUCCAGGAUGUCGCCGGUAAUAGUGAGGCAAUCAUUUUAGAUCGUCUAUCGCCCAGCACACAAUACUCGAUAGCGGUGACGGCGAUUUGGCUUGGAAAGAAGUAUCGCAGUAGGCAGAUAAUAUUUCGUACUUUAGAUAUGCCUAAGACUUCAUCGCAACAGGACUAUGCGCCCGGGCAUGUGACCGGUGCGCUUGGCAGCCAUAAUAGUGUUAGUAAUGUAAAUGCAGGCAUCGCCGGUGGUGGAGCAGGCGGUGCGACUGGUGGUGGGACAGGUCUUAUCGGUGGCAAUUUGGCUAGCGCAGCGGCAGGAAAUGGUAACGGUACUUAUGGUGACGAGGUAACAUCAACAGCCACCAAUAUGGGGCAGAGACCACGUGAAUUGCCAACCAUACGAGGCGUUGAAAUUGGUAUUGUCCUUAUCGUGUUGAUGGUAUGGGCUGGCGCUAUUGCGCUCUUCUUCAAUCGUUGGGGUAAAAUCCGUAUGCUGCUCCCAUAUCAACCGGACUACAAGCAUGAACAAUUGAAAGUGCCCGGCACAGGCGUUUGCACUGGGGCCGGCUGCAAUGGCCAACAUUCACAUCAGUGUUUGCCGCGUUGCGAGGGUUGCGGACUCUUCGAUCGCUGCUUUCAGUAUCCGCGCCGCGAAUUGGAACGCGACUGCGGUUGCCAAUUUGCAUUGCUGCAUAAGGCCGAUGUGGAGAGCUAGCAACCAGCGCAUGGUGAUGGCGUUGCAUCGUCGGAAGGCUACGUCAAGGUCGACAGCAUCGACAGCCCUACCGCGGCGUUGGCGACACCAUUGCACAGCUGUGGCGCCAACAGUUGCCUGCGCCUGGAAAAUGAAAUAACCAGUCGCGAUGGUGAUGCCGGCGGCAGCCGCUAUAAUAUCAACGACAGCGAUAGCGAUAGUGAUGGUAGCGCCAACGAACGAGUGAAUGAAAGGGAUACUCUCGAUGAUGACGAUGUUGACGUAGUAGAUGGCGGUCGUAUGCAGCACGAUCACUGCACAUUGCACGAGCAGCAGCGUUCGCAACAACAUCAUCAACAACAUCAACUGCUCAUACAGUCGAAAUCGAAAGUUGGCCUCAAGGAUGGCAGCGGCGGUGGCGGCGGCGGCAUAACUGGAACUGGCGAUCAUAAAGUGAGACAGAAACGUUUCGCACAACAACGCAGCAUUUUGAAGAAUUCCACAGAACGUUCGAGCAAUCACGACGAACAGGACCUGCUGGAGGCGAAAAAGCAAUUGAUAUUGCGGCGACGACGGCUCUUCAGUCACUACCGUCAGUACGAGCAGUGGCGUCGGCGUCAAUUCAGCUACGAUCCAUGCUAUUAUCGCGCCACACCGCUGCCAAUCGGCCAGUCGACCUAUGCGGCCAACACCACCACCACCAUCAAUUAUGCUGGCGGUUAUGGUAGUCAGGGUCAGGGCGCAUUCCGACGCCGCCGCCAGUACAGGCGGCAGUACUCGUGUGCCGAACGUGAGGAUUCGCGCGAGAGUCGUGAGUCGUCGUCGCUGCGACGUUAUAAGGGCGAAAGCAUGAUUGCGAGCGAUUCAUUCAAUACGGAUAGUGCUAACUUCAUUAAUUGCGAGCAACAGCAUGAGAUGCAGCAGCAACAACAACAACAACAACAACAACAACAACAACAAACGCGCCAGCAACAUCGCCAACCGCACCAACAACAGCAGCGUGAACUAUCAAUGCUACAACAACAGCAAAAACAACCAAUGAUUGAUUGUUACUCACCAAUGGGUCGACGCAGUCAUUUCCACAUGAUGCACGAGGAGCGCUCAGCCUCCAUUUCGGAACGUUGCACACGUAGUCGCAUCAAUUCGGCCAUAUUUGUAUCGGCCGAGGGUGGCAUUGGAUUUGAUUCAAUCGAAUUCCUGCAGCGACACGGUUCGCAGAGCGUAUUGUGCCGUAAAGCGCGCAGCGCAGAGAACAUAACGGACAAUGAGCGGAAGCAAAGCUUUUCCGACAAUAAACGCACGUGGCGUAAUGGCGUGAACAGCAAUCACGAUCCGAAUGCGUCCAAGCAAGACGAUUGUGACGGCAGCGCUAUAGAGCUACGCGAAUGCCGAUCCAACGUCAACGGCUGUAAUGUCACUUGCGGUGGCGAGACGCGCACACUCUCGGUGCUCACUACCAAUACUAGCUGCGAUCAUCCCUCCACAUCCGCUGCGGCAGCCGCUUCACUGACCGUCACCAAUUUGAUUGUGGGUAGUAUUUCACUUGAGACACCACCUUCACACAUUAAAGAUGAAUUGCAUAACAGCAACAGUAAUGUGAGCAGCAAUAAUACAAGUACAGUCAACACAAUUGUCACUUUGGCCAAUGGUGAGAAGCGGCAGCGGCCGAACAACUUUACGGGUAUGUCAAAGAAAAGUUCCACCUCGCGCGACUCCAACGACACUGCCGAGGAGUUAGUACUCGUGCCAACUACAGUUGCCGCCAUAGCGGAUCUACCGGUGCCAGAAAUAACCGUUACAAACCGUUCACGCGCACUAGUGCGUCAACGUUCUUCGACCGCCUCCAUCUCGCCACAUCGCAGCCCGAAAACGCAUGCACUGAAACACGCGCGUCCAAAGAUCACCGCGCUGCCUAUGGUAUCGGUUUCCGGACCAUCACCACCACACGAGAAACCGCCGUCACAACAGGCGACAGAGUGCUUGUAACAAAUGGCAGCCGAAACAUUUAUUUAAGUUUGAGUGAAAGCAACGGUGGCAGCGAAGGUAGGAGGUGCAGUGGAAGAUUAACACUUAAAGAGCAGGCAAGCAGGCGGCGAACGGUUGGUGAUCGGGCGGUGACGUAGAGUGGUAGAUGUAGAGAUUAGGUAGUGGCAUAGCAGACGCGCCUGUCCUCUUGGGUCAAAAUUAAAAAAAAAAUGAAAUAAAACGCGAACACAAUGGAAAUCUGUCCUAUAUUCUUCCUAACUUUCAGCUGACGGUUUCACACUAACAAAUGUUUCGGCUACAAAUUGGCACUGUAUAUGGUGGGGUGUAACCGCAACCACGCGGAGUGGUGGUGACUAUCCAAAUUUAAAGAUCUUAAUUCUUAGUAAGCUCUAUUGAAAAUCGACUGAACUCAACUCGUUAAUAUUGAAAAUCAUUGAAAAUGCAUAUAAUAUACAUAUGUAUAUAUACUCUUCAUAUGAACAUAUGUACAUAUGCAUGUAACGUAUUUAUGAAUUUAAACUUGUAGACCUUAGUAUUAGUUAUAAGUUCCCUCAAAAUUAAGACCCGAGCCAUUGGAAAGUUGGCAGAAAGCUUUAACAAGUCACUUGAAUACUUUCAAGCUUUAAUAAUAUAAAUUAUUAUAAAUAAAUACUGUAUAAUUUUUAUCAUUAUUACCUUUUAUUAAUAUGUAUAAGCCCAGCUAUAGCACUAACAUGUGUAUAUGAAUAUAAUAUUAUAUAUACAUAGAUAUAUAUAUAUGUAUACUCCUAGUGUAUAUAAAACAAGAGAUUUACUCUGAAAAAAAAAUACAAAAAUCACAAAAAAAAUUAAAUAUUAUAUUGUAUUACAUGUAUAUGCUGCACAAAAAUAUGCAAGCCCAGUUAAUUUUUUGAUAUUUUUUUUUUAUAAUUUCCAUCUCUGUAACCCAUCUAAGUCGAGUUCUAUGACUUUUGCGCUGCAAACAAAAAAAAAAGCGUCACGAAGAAAAAGAAAUUGCUCGGA